UCAGACCAGAAGAAUCAUACUCAUAUUCCCCGCCAAAAGAUCCAAUCCAACUUCCUCUCUAUCCCAAAAAAUCAGGGAAAUGUCGAAACGAAAGCCCACCAGAGCCCCGGCCACCGACGAUCCACCGCACCUGCAACCAGGCUCCCAAAUUGAGAUAAGUUCCAACGACCCUGGGUUCCGAGGUUCAUGGUACACCGGCGUAGUAAUCAAGCGUACUCCUUCUAAGAAACCCAACAACAAAUUCGUUGUCGAGUACACCCAUCUUUUCGAAGACGAGGCGGGUACUAAACCCUUGAGGGAGACCGCUGAUGCUGUGGAUUUACGCCCUCCGGCCCCUCGAGAAAAGGUCAGGAAAUUCAAGUUUAGUGAAGAGGUGGAUGCCUUUCAUAAUGAUGGGUGGUGGGAAGGGGUGAUUACUAAGGAGUUGGAGAAUGGGAGGUUUCAUGUUUACUUUAAGAGGUCCAAAGAGCAAUUGGAGUUUGGUGAGGACCAUUUGAGGCUUCAUAGGGAGUGGAUUGAAGGGACUUGGACUCCACCCCUGCAGGAAGAUAAGCAAGUGAAAGAGUCCAACGAAGCAGUGACUGAAGGAAAGAUGGAAUAUGACAAAGUUGUUGCCCGAGGGAAGCUAGAGAGUGAUAAUACAGGAAGCAAAAAGAAGGAUGAUAACUCAGCAAGCAAAAAGAAGUUAAAGCCUGAUUUGGCUGAGCUAGAGUGUGAUAAUACAGCAAGCAAAAAGAAGGGUGAUAAUACAACAAGCAAAAAGAAGUUAAAGUCUGAUUUGGCUGAGCUACAGUGCGAUAAUACAGCAAGCAAAAAGAAGGGUGAUAAUACAAAGAGCAAAAAGAAGUUAAAGUCUGAUUUAGCUGCGAAUGGGAGGAAAUUCGAGUCUAACAAGAUAACAAAGUAUCGCGAGGGGGAAUGUGUUGAAGUGACCAGUGAUGAAGAUGGUUUUGAAGGUGCUUGGUUUACCGGAACUAUUGUUAAAGCAGUGGGGAAGCACAGGUACCUAGUUCAGUACGAUUGCUUGAGAACUGACGAUGACACUGAUUUCUUAAAAGAGGAGUUUGAUGCCCUGCACAUUAGGCCUUGUCCACCCGAAAUUUUUAUGGCCGAUGCGUUCCAAAAGCUUGAUGAAGUUGAUGCUUUCUACCUUGAUGGCUGGUGGGUGGGUGUGAUUUCUAAGGUUAUUAAUUCUGUUUCCGAGACAAAAUAUGAAGUCUAUUUCAAAGCUACCCAGGAGGAAAUGAAGUUUAAACAUGCCGAGUUAAGGAUGCAUCAGGACUGGAUUAACGAGAAAUGGGUUACUGCUUCUAAGGCAUUGAAGUCUUAGUUACUGCAGAAGGAGAGGUAACAAUACUCCGGCUUGGGGCGUUUUACGAUGCAAUCAAAGUAAAGCCAAAUCUUUUCUGGUUUGCAGCUGUUGUAUUUGGAGCUGGUGGUUGCUUGUGUAACCAAUUUUAGGCAUGUAUAGGCAUUUUUUUUAGA